CUCACACUGGCACCAAGUUCUGCCUGAUACGACACCAUCCCAUAACGUCGUAAGACCUUCUGCUGGUCUCCAAUCGCUUCGUUUUCGAAUUGCGUCAAAGUGUAGCGGAAAUUACUCCUUGAAUCAGGGCAGUCCAGAUUACGCCUGCCAGGCGUGCCAUAGGCAUGGAGCAUAGUUACACUGCAUCACAGACAAGGACGUGAGCGCAACAUGAAUUCAUCCACAUCGACACUACAAAACCCAUCGUUCUCACAGCCAGGGCAGGCCCCUGACCAACAAUCAACGAGACUAGUCCUGCAGUCAUAUCUCCAGUGCCUCGACCGCCUUGACAGGUUAGAGCGUCGUGUGCACGAGGAAAUCCAGGAGAUCCGCAGCCUCUUUAGGAAUAUCCUUGACAACUACCAGUCAAAUGUCACCAUGGAGGAUUCUGGCGGAUGUGAUAGCACCGUCGACUCCCAAGCUGGGCUCGAUGGCCUCAACGUAAUUACACCAUUUGGAUCUUCACACGACCGCUACUUCAUGCCACAACCUGCACCCCAUGAGGCAUCGUUUGGGGUCAUGGGAUCGCUAUCAGAGAGCAUAGAAGGCUUAUUGCUCAAUGGCACCCACGGUUUUGCCAACUAUGUAACGCCUCAGCACAGCAUGUACUCUGAGGGCUUUCCGGCAUUCUGUGACCCGCGUGUCACGGAAUCAUCAUUGGAGCCUGAGGGUGUGAAAUCUCGCCUCGGUUUCUCGCUCCACGGCACGAUCGACUCCAUCUAUGAACCUGCUCCGCAACCCUUCCAAAGCGUUUAUCUCGAGGAGCAUGUCCCAUCGGAUUCUUUAGUCGGACCCGACGCGCAGCUGCCUGUCCUCGUUAUGCAGGCUAGCCAAGCAAAGGAUAGAGUAAAAUGCACCCAGGACGGGUGCUCAGCAAUCCUCAACAAGGAUAACCUCACUCGUCACGUCAAAGAGGUGCACGAGAGGAAGUUUAAGGCUGUGUUCAAGCGCUCGUAUCAGAUGAAUGAGCACAUCCUUCGGACCAGAUGUGGAAGAUUCUAGAUUUGUAUAUUGUAUGGUGUUCAUUUA